CUUGAGGUGUCACUUUCCACUCGCCGGUUUGCAUUUUCGAUCGAGUUUCGCCUGUACUGAAAAUUCUGAACCAAUAAAAUGAAAUUUUAAAUUUUGUAAUAAAUAAAUAGUAUAACUCUUCAUUGAUCUCAUUGGAUGAGCGCAGGUGGAGCAUUUGGGGGGAACAGAGGCGCGCGGCCAGUCCCACCAGAGAAAGGGGUGUUUCCGUUGGACCACAUGCACUUAUGCGACCAGGCGAAGAAGGAAUAUAUAAGCUGUCUCAAAACAUCAGGGCACAAAUCUGAGAUAUGCAGACAUCUAUCAAAGAAGUAUCUUGAAUGUCGUAUGGAAAAGAAUUUGAUGGCAAAGCAAGAUAUGUCAGAACUUGGGUUCAAGACGGAUGACAAUUCAGAAGUGUCUACAGAGAAAAUGACUAGUUAGGCAUAGGUUGUGUGAUAACAAGAAACGUGAUGACAAUUUCGAAGUUAUUGUUGUGUGAACAAGAAAAAAAGUUUUUGUUUUUGGACACGAGUUAGAUUUAUCAAACCACUUUUAUAGGUCUUACAA